GCCACAACUAGCUCCGGUCUGGGACGUGAUACCUCCAAUACCGGCGAAUCUGAUUUCACAGCUCCAUAUGACACAGCCGGGCCUGGUCCCGAGCGAGACACCGGCUAUGGUAGGACUGCUGGUGCUGCUGACCUAGGUGCCGGUGCUGCUACAGGUGCAUACGGACUGGAACACAACAGAAAUGAAGGAGACGCGGGUGAGCUACGUGGUCAAGAUCAGUACACAACCACUCAAGCCGAGUCUCAGCCGCAAGCUACUACUGGACAGAUGCCUUUCCGUGACAAUACACGUAGCGCAGCCACACCUGGCUCAAGUAGCGGGUUCGAUCCUGCGCAGUCAGGACAAGACGAUCGUCAUCUCGGACGUGACGCCGCUCUUGCUGGGGCUGCAGGUACUGGCGCCGCAGCCUACGGCGUGCAUGAGUAUGAAAAGAAGGACCGUGCCGAGCCUACCACCCAAUCACUUUUUGCGAAUUUACACGGUUCCGGCCGUGACCUUUCGGAAAGCCAGCCAACUACUCAGGGCAACCAGUACGGUUCUGGCCGCGACGCAUAUGGAAGCCAGCCUACUACUCAAGGCAAUCAGUACGGCUCUGGCCGCGACGCUUACGGAAGCGAGCAUACUACUCGAGGCAACCAGUAUGGUUCUGGCCGCAACGCUUAUGGAAGCGAGUCUACCACCCAAACGAGGACAAGACGAUCGUCAUUAUGGUCGCGACGCUGCUGUAGCUGGAGCCGCAGGUACAGGCGCGUACGAAUAUGAGAAGCACCGUCCUGAACAGACAACUGCUUAUGGCCGUGACGUUGGUACGAGCGAGCCUGCUUCUCAACGAGGGCAAGAUGACCGCCAUCUUGGCCGCGACACUGCUGUAGCAGGAGCCACAGGUACAGGCGCGUACGAAUACGAAAAGCAUCGUCCCGAACAGACAACUGCUUAUGGCCGUGACGUUGGUACGAGCGAUCCUGCUUCUCAACGAGGGCAAGAUGACCGCCAUCUUGGCCGCGACACUGCUGUAGCAGGAGCCACAGGUACGGGCGCGUACGAAUAUGAGAAGCAUCGUCCUGAGCAGACCACUGGCUCUGGCCGCGAAGAGCCUACUACCUCCACCAGGGAUACCAGAACCGCUGCUCCGGCCUCUGAGAAAGCCACAAGUCGCCAGCAAGCAACUGAGCCCGAGAAGGAGCAGAGACACACUGGUCGGGAUGCUGCACUUGCCGGUGCUGCUGGUGCAGGUGCAGGUGCACUUGGAGAGCAUGACUACAGCAAACAGGAGGCUGAGAAGGCCGAAGCUCAGAGACAAAAGGACCUGGCUGAGCAAGAGGCCGCACGUCAGAAACAGUACGAGAAAGACCAGAAGGCCGCUGAGAAGCAGGCACACAAGGAGGAAAAACAGCAUGCCAAACUUGAAAAGAAAAUCGAGAAAGAGCACAAGAAGGAUGAGAAGCAGCACCACAAGGAGCUUGAGAAGGAGGAAAAGCACCAUCAAAAGGAGGUUGCUGCUGCGGAGAGCGAACAGCACAAGCGACAUGAGAAAGAGGCUGCCGGUGCCGCUGCCGUUGGAACUGGUGCCGCCGCUUAUGGUGUCCAUGAGCACAAUAAGAAGCAGGAUGCUUCACAGCUCUCGAGGGACGAGCAUGGCUUCCGCGAGCCGGCAACUGCUGGUGCUGUUGGAACUGGUGCUUAUCCCAGUGGUGAACAUGGACGUGGUGUAACAUCCGAAGACUCGGAUCGCAACCGCUUGCACAAGGAUCCACCACAGCAGAAGAAGCAGGGUAUUCUUUCACGCAUUUUCAAGCGACGCAAGAACAAGGAUACUGGAGAGGAUGAGGAUUACAGCACAGACGAGGAAGACACCACACAUCAUCAUCGCGGUGCUGAAGCAGCUGCCGUGGGUGCGGGCGCGGGCGGUGCUGGUCUUGCUGCUGCAGAUGCUGAUCGUCAUCACGAGCGCAAUGCAGCUGGAGAUACCACGGCAUCUGCAGGUCAAAGCACAGGCCAAACUUCCUAUGAAGCACAGAGUGGUGGUCUGCAGAAACCCUCGUACAACCCUUUCUCCAAACAGGACCCUAGCGCAAUGAGCGCGCAGUACACAUCCAACCGUACAGCCGACACGAACCUUGGAGCAGGAGUCGGUACAAACCAGUAUGACGGUGGCUACGAGACCCGACAAGGUGAGACAGCGACCGGUACCCAAGGCUACCGCGAUGCGAACGAGGGACGAUUAGGUGUCGAUCAAGGUACGACUGGAUAUGGGUCUUCGACUGGCGCCGGUGUUGCUGGUACCGGAGCUACAGCAGGAUCCGGCCAACAACAAGGAGGUUUUGUCCACAAGAUUACCGAGGAGUUGAAACCCCUGCCAGAGGAGCAUCACUAUCCAGGCAAUCAACACUCGCAUAAUGCGCGCGAGUAGAUCAACUGCGUCACAGCCGAUGUUCCACUUGUCGCUCAUCUUGCUAUGUGCCUACCGAGCUCAAUGCCUUCAGUCCAUACUCCUCUCUUUUCGAUCACAUGAUACCAAUGUUCUUCAUCGGCUUGCUGGGAUGGUUUCACGUGGUUUGCUGUAUGUUCAUACGACGCUGGAUCGUGGUGAAUACUUCGUUGAUCCCGCUUACCGGCCAUAGCUAGGUAGCUAAGUACUAAUAUAAAACCUGGUCUGAAUUUCACCAAUUCUACUGAUAUGGUUCCUU